AUGCCUCCUAAAAUAGAGAAGAAGUACACAAGAGAGUACAAAGUUCGGGAGAUUCAAAAGAACUUAACCAAGAAGGCGAGGUUAAAGAAAGAAUAUUUAAAGACGCUCAAAGAAGAGGGCUAUACCCCGCCGGAAAAGGAUAGCAAAUCAGCCAAGGUCAGCUUUCAGGAAAUAAAGGCUCGUAGAGCAACAGAAACAAAAAAGAAGCUAGAUGAAAAGAAGGAAAUGCGAAAGCUGCGGAAGAAGUUACAGAAAGAAAAGGCCGAUAAACUUAGAGAGAAUGAGAUGAAAAAGUUACAAGACAUUAAGCAAAAGAAAGUCCAGAGAGAGGAACGAGCCAAUAAGCUUUCGCAAAGAACCAAAUAUGGACAACCUCUUAUGGGACCUAAGAUCGAGGACUUGCUAACAAAGAUAAAAAAUGACGAUACGUAUACCAAAUAG